AUGUUUGCAUUCCGGGCAGGUUUGAGGGUCGCCGCCCGGGUUGCCCGACCUUGUCCCUAUACCUCCGCCACCAUUCCACUCAAGUGCCCUUCGUUGCUGCAAUCGCGCCUUUUCACUUCCUCGCGGCCGCGUUAUUAUCCAAGGCUGGGCUGGCAGGCACCACGAGGUAAAGGCCAGCAAGGACAGCAAUGGAGCAAUUUUGGGCCCGUAUAUCGCCUCCAAUACGUCUGGAGAAACUAUCGCACCUUCGUCGUGGUUGCUGGCACUGGUGGUGGAAUCUUCUAUGUCGCCAACUUGGAAGAGGUGCCUAUCACUCACAGACGCCGCUUCAAUAUAAUUUCUCCCGCAACUGAGAAGUCGUUGGGAGCCGAAGGAUACAGCCAGAUUCUACAACAGUACCAAGGCAAGAUCCUACCAGCCGACCAUCCCGUAACCCGAAUGGUGGCCAAAGUCGUGGAACGACUACUUCCUGCCACUGGAGGAUUGGCCAACGAUGAAUGGCGCGUACAUGUCAUCGACUCGCCCGAGGAACAAAACGCCUUUGUCAUGCCAGGCGGGAAGGUCUUCGUCUUCACCGGCAUCCUCCCCAUCUGCAUGGAUGAUAACGGCCUGGCGGCUGUUCUGGCUCACGAAAUUGCUCAUGAUAUUGCCCAUCACACUGCCGAGAAGAUGUCCCGAGGCGCCUUUGUUGUCCUUGUCGCUACUCUCCUUUCCUUCGUCUUCGAUGUUGGCGGAGAUCUCGGCAAUGUUGUUUCCAAUUUGUUUUUGGCACUCCCAAACAAUAGAACCCAAGAACUCGAGGCUGACUACAUCGGCCUUCUCAUGAUGGCGGACAGCUGCUUCGAUCCAGAGAGUGCCGCCGCCUUCUGGUCACGCAUGAAGGAAGGAAACCCCUCAGAGCCGCCUCAAUUUCUAAGCACCCACCCUUCCCAUUACAACCGCAAAGAUGCAAUCCUCAGAUAUCUCCCAGAGGCUCGGGCAAGAUUUGAUAACAACGGAUGCAGUAAUGUACGCGACUACGCCCACACUUUCAAAGAUGCAUUCAAAGAGUCUCGGCGACCGGCAAACGGAUCAAGGCAGAUCUCAGCUCAGCCAUCAAGGCCAGGCCGCAAAAAGGAUGGCGAUGAUGACUAUUUUUUCUAA